AUGUACGACCUCGCACUAGGCGCGCUCACGCUAUUCGCGCUGGUGUACUACCUGGUAGUGCCAGUGACCACAUACUUCUAUGAUCCAAAGGACCUAAGGAAGUUCCCAAAUGCUUACGUCUUGUCUGGGAUAUCGGAUUUGCCCUUCCUUUAUGAAGCAAACAAAGGAUUUCGCUCUCGGACACGCUUCGAGGCUCACACGAAACAUCCUGACAUCUAUGGCCAUGGUACAGGAUGUAUCAUUGACCGAUUUUACUCCGAGACCUCAGGCUCGCACUCGCAUCUCGUAGAUGUCGUCGACAAGCAAGAUCAUUUCCGAAAGAGAAAGAUCUUGUCCAGCGCUUAUGCGCUCAAAAACCUGGAAAAUUGGGGGUUUAAAGUGGUAGAAACUAUGCUAUUCACGGCCGCGGCAAUUGCGAGCAUUAGGCUCAGCGAAGACCUAGGAUUUCUAGACGAGGGAUCCGACAAGGUGAAAUCCGAGAAGAAAGACAGGACCGUCAAAGAGGUCUCGUUCCGAGAAUGCCAUGCUGCUACAGGUCGAGUGUCGUACCAGCUUGUCUGGGCCUAUGACUGGUUAAAGACCUUCUCCCGAGUGAGUAAGAUGGUGUCGUCGAACUAUUACCGUAUGUGGAAACUAGAUGGCGAUUGGAACGGUAUCAUCUACAACUGUGCGACUACACGCCUGAAGCGAUACCUGGUAGGCGAGACGUUGGAUGACUUCUUCGGCACGAUUAUGUAG